GAGCGGAAGUCGUCAUAUGACGUCACUCUCUGGCUGUGUGAGCGGGACUUUAGUUUGUCAAACCGCAAGAAAGUUUAGUAACGCCUAAAGAACCGCUCGGCUUAUCCAGCAUGGAUUUUAAAAUGGAAUCUGAUCCACCACCAACCAUCACAUGUUUGAAAAAUGUUGACGAUUUGCUGCGAUGUCCUAUUUGUAUGGACUUCCUUAAUAUUUCAAUGAUGACCAUGUGCUCUCACAAUUUCUGCUCGUUGUGCAUCAGAAAAUUCUUCUCCUAUAAGCUGCAGUGUCCAGUUUGCAAUACACAAGCGACAGAACAAGAUCUGCGAAACAACCGGUUACUGGAUGAGUUGGUUGUGGGCUUUCAUACUGUGAGACAACAAUUGUCAAAAACCCACUUUGAAUCCCCACCGAUAUCGCCAAAGAGCCCAACCUUGGUGAAGUGCAAAACUCCCAGAGACAAAAGCCAGAGCUGCAAGAGCUCUGUCAUGAGUAAUUUUUUCCAGAAGAGGCCCAGAACGUCUUGCGCUAAAAACGACAAGGAUGCCACACCAGUUGUUCAGAGGAGGAGUAAACGCACAAACAAUGGUAACUUUUACACAGAUACAAACACGAUGACUGUGAAGGAAGAGACCAUGGAUGCGGAGGACGCAUCAUUCAAACAGGCGGACAUGGCGUUGCCCAGCAUCAGCACUGCGGAAGACAGGCCUCGUUCUUCAUCAUCGCUGCCAAAUAAUGAGACUCUCGUAAUCAAAGUGGAGUGCCCAGUGUGCUCUGUCAGCGUGUCUCAGCAGUUCAUCAACAAACAUCUGGACAUGUGUCUCAGAAGUGGAGAGAAAAAACAGAGCUUGAGAAGCUCCUUUAGCAAGACGAGGCGCCCUAUGGUGAAACUGGUGUACAGUCUGCUGUCCCUGCAGGAGUUGAGAAGGCGGCUCAAGGAAUGCCAUCUCUCGGUGCAUGGCACCCGAGAUCAGCUGAUCAAGAGGCACAGGGAGUUUGUGCACAUCUAUAAUGCCCAGUGUGACUCCUUCAACCCAAAAUCAGCUGAAGACAUUGCCAAAGAGGUGGUAGGCAGCGAGAAGAUCAAAAAUCAGUUGCAGAUCCAAAGCAAACCUGUUAUGGUUUUUGCCAAAAAUCACUCCGAGAAGGAGAUUGAUGAGGUGCAUUCAAAGUAUCGAAAGCAACACAGCAGCGACUUCUCCCGCUUGGUUGCUCAGGUACGCGGUCGCCUAGAUACCACCAGGAAAACUCGGAUAAAAGAGGAAGUCACUGCGGGCGGAGAGGGUGUAGAAGAAACACCUAAGGCCGAUCAAGGGGAACAAUCACAGAGUUACGUUGAUAUCAAUAUGGAAGAAGAAGUAGAGGAAGGAAAGGAGCCAUCUGCGAGAGGCUAUGUUUUGUCAAACAGCCCCUCUUACGAUGAUGUAUCCAUCAGCAGUUCAAUUUCAGACAUCUUUGCACCAGACACUUCCUUAAAUUGUGCCCCAGAGACGAGGUCCGUCAAAAAGCAGGCAACGUGUCCCAUCGCCGCCUCGUCAUCCGCUGUGGGGAAACGCCUCCGUAAAACCCGACUGACUGAUUGAGGACGACACCCCCGCAAGACAAGACCAGACAAGACUUGAAUAUGAAGAGGACAUUUGUAUGUGACAUUUUUUGUUACGUCACGUUUAAUUUAACCUAUUGUGUUACCUUGUUAUCCACUGUGAACUGUGUCCCUCAGUUUCAUUGCGUUGUUGAUACAGUAUACCACUUAGGUGAGUACACCCUUCACUUUCCAGCUAGCAUCUUCUCUACUUGGAUAUACUUUUAGAGUAGUCUGUGUGCAGCGUGUAUAGCAGUGUAUAUUUACUAUCAAAGAAAAAUGAGUCAACACACAGUUAUUGUGUAUAAAGCUGUAAACACACGGUAGUGUCAUGGCUUGGGGUUGCAUGAGUGCUGUGGAGCUGUGGUUCAUUGAGAGAGGACGUGAAUGCCAACAAACACUGUGCUAUUAUAGAGUAGAGUGGAAUUAGGAUUCCGGUUACAACCUGUGCAGCUCUGGUGAGUUCCACGUCCAAGAAGAUUAAGGCAGUGCUCAAUAACGUUUCCUGUGAGGUGUACUUGCCAGAUUUUUAACCAUUAGGUCUGUGUAACUCAUUUUCAGUAGAUAGUAAAUCCAUACAGUGGAACCUCGAUUUAGCAACUUAAUUGUUUUUUUAACCUAAAUAGUAAAGUUUUCAAACAUGUAAAUAUGAAUAUUAGGCACCAGCCUUGACAAAAGUCCAUAUUUUAGUAAAGGUUUGGACACAAUAUAAAGUGCUAGAGAGUACUGUAAAUCAGACAAACCUAACAGGGUGGUGAUUGAUCCACCUUCCAUUUUAGACUUAGACUUAGAUUUCCUUUUUAUUGUCAUUCAAAUUUGAACUUUACAGUUUUGAUAACAAAACAAAAAGAGCUGAACUGUCCUCAUAUGCAGCCGCCCUGCCACAUACUUUGUCACUAGCUCUGUGGUGCAUAGUUUGAAACUUCAAAACCUAACUUCAACAGCCACGUCACUACAAUUAUUAGGAAUAAACAAAUAUAAUCCACUGUACAGUAGGAAGGAGAUUCAUAUGGCCCCAUUCGUCACGGUUUACCUGACACAUAAAAAAAUAAUUUGAGGGAGUGCACUAUCCUCUUUAGCCGCCACUUGGCCGUAUAGUGUUAUUUAAAAAUAUGUGUACUCUCACGGGAGAUCCACCCAGGAAUGGGGCGAUAUGAAUCCCUUCCCUACUGUACUUUGUUGAUUGAUAUUUUUUGUGUGCAGCUGGAGAGCAAAAGGUGUCAACAACGCUGUGGAUACUUUUUGAAUGUUUCAAACCUCACAUCUCAUGUUCAUUGCUUUCUUUGGACUCAUGUUGAGCUAUUAAUGACAGCACUGUUCUGCUGACUGAAUAAGCUCGAUCAGCCCGCCCACAAUGGAUGUGCUGCCUGGCACAAAAUGGGUGGAGGAAACGGAGGUUCGUACAUCAAGGCAUUUUUUUUUAUCAGUCUGGUUCAUAAAUCAAAAAUGUUGUAUAUUUAAGGGUUGUUAAAUCGAGGUUCAAUUGUACUGCUAUACAAGCUGUACACUGACUACAGUAUGUUCAUGUCACUUGAGAAGAUCUACUCAAAUAGUUGCUGAAAAAUUAAGGGUAUGUUCACUUUAAUUCAGAGUUUCUACAUUUACAGGUUUAUUAGUGUUAAAACCAGCUGAGUUGUACAUAUUGAUGAAAUGUGUAAUCAAUUGGAGUGGAUUUGUUUACUUUAUUUUUAGGAUUUGUAGCGCCACGUGAAGCAAAACAAAACUUUUGAACUUGGCGUUUGUUAUUGAAUUAAAAGCUCUACAACUGGGCCCCGUAGGAUAACAA